AUGAAGUGUACGAGCGGAUGGUGUACAAGCCGAGCAAUCACCACAGGAUCGGUGAGGAAUACAAAAACAUUUCGUUAUAUCGUAUGUGGAUUUGAAUUGUUAUUUCCAGCAUCGUUGCCCGGAAUGUUCGAGCGCACUGUAACCUUAGGAGCGGCUGAAAAGUCCUUCGGUGUUACUGGCUGGCAAAUUGGUUGGGCGUACGGUCCUGGUACACUGUUAAAAAAAUUACAAACCCUCCAUCAGCGCGUCGUAUAUAAUGCCAGUACACCUCUACAAAUCGCUUUCGCUAAAAUGCUCGAAACCGAAGCCCGAGUUUCGUAUUUCGACGAAAUGGCGAACGAGCUGAGAGAUAAAAGGGACUACCUGGUGCAAAUGCUGUUCAAGACGAAAAUGGAACCCAUUCUGCCCGAAGGGGGAAUGUUCGUGUUGGCCGAUGUAUCUGAAAUUGCGAGCCGCGUCGAUUUGAGCGGCGAAUCGGGCGAAUUCGUCGACAUGAAAUUCGUGAACUGGCUGGCGAGGUGUCACGGAUUACAAGCGUUCCCCGUGACCGUGUUCUGCGCGGAAACCGGCCGAAAGAAACGCGAGAAUUUAGUUAGAUUUUGCUUCGCGAAAAAACGACAAACUCUCGAGGAAGCCGCGCUCGUUUUGAGCAAAUUUGAAUUGGCGCCAGCUUUGUAA